CCUCAAUCCAUCCAACCAUCAUGUCAAACCUUCACAAUGCUAGUUGACAAUCUUACUACUACUGCUCGCGCUGUCUCUGUGCAAUCACCCGCCAGGUCAACUCCCAGAGCCCGCGAUGGCUAUUUCCAAUGCGGUUUUUGCAAGAAGCACUACAAUCGUGCCGACCACUUGAUUCGCCAUGUGCGGUCGCACACCCGAGAAAAACCCUAUGUGUGUCAUGUCUGUAGCAAAGGCUUUGCCAGACCGGACCUCAUGAAACGCCAUGCCGCAGGCCAUGAUCACCCUCGCGAUGGCAAGAGAAAACGGCCGCCCGUCUUCGCCAAGAGUGGCCGUGUCUCCCAAGCCUGCCGAGCAUGCGCAACCUCCAAACUCAAAUGCGACGAGGAGAAGCCCUGUCGACGGUGUCGGGAUAAGAAGUUGGAUUGCGACUGGCAAGAGACAAACCCCGGCGAGAUGUCUCCCGGAUCAUCAUCGCAAGCUUACGACGAGCCCGAUGAGAAUGAACUGUACCUUCAAGCCCCUCAGACACAAGGCGUCUUCCCUUCGCCAGCACCCAUCAUGAAUGAAUUGCCGCCCCCCAUCGAUCCGGCCGCGCAUUUCGCCACGCCAGACUUCCCUGUCAAUAACUUUCUGCCGCAGGCACCCGAAUCAGCUCCACUGGAGGAUCCGCUGACCACCAGUUACGAUGCAAUCUCCCCAAGUCUAGAUCACGAAAGUGGAAUCUUUAGUAUCGAUGGAACUUUCUUUCCAGAAUUUAUUCCGGAUUCUCUCAUCACCUCACUAUCACGCCCGGAUCUGGAUCCGUCGUUAAACCAUACUCAAGAGUAUGCUUACGGCGUGUUCGACCAAAACAUACCCUUCACUUUCGAUCUUACCGAGAUCGAUUUUGGGCUUAUUGAAUACUUCAAUUCCCAGGGUAUCACAAAUCAUGCGCCGCCGACCAUUCCUGAGGCACCCAAUGACCGGGCAGAUGUGGACAACGGGAUUGCCCUUGGGGCAGAAGCUUACAAGCGCUCCUCGCUGUCUGCUUGGAAGCCCGCGCAGAGCGAUAAUGCAUUCGCUCAUCAGAACGACCUAGCAGUCCCAGGCACCAUUGACAGCCCCAGUGCGAGUCCGCGGUCCGAGCACAAGAUUCUUUCUGAACGGCUGUCGGCAGGCAGUCGUGAUUUGAUGUUCGGGAUGGUGCUGCAGGCCAGUCAGAAGGCCAACCCGCUUCGGAUCAUGAAGUCAUUUCCAAGCACAGAGCUUCUAGAUGGGCUGAUACAGGACUAUUUUGCCUAUCAAAGCCGGCAGGUCGACUCGUUCAUACACGGUCCGACUUUCUGGAUCAAUGAGCAAAGUUCGGACACGCUCACCUCUAUCGCUGCUGCGGCAGCAACGAGGUCCACCAUACCAACAAUUCGGAAAUUGGGCUAUGCGCUGCUGGAAAUUGUACGCCUGCAGAUCUCCGAUAAGUAUGAAACCGAUAAUCGAACGACGCGUGAUUUGCGAGCUUCGCAAACAUUCGCCCUGGUCCUGGAUAUCGGGCUUUGGAGCGGCAAUGGUCGGCGGACGGAGAUCGCGGAAAGUUUUCAACAACCUCUACUAACGAUGCUCAGGAGAGCUUUAAGACUUCGACGGUCUGUCUACACAGUCAUCGUCCCCACCAUCAGCGACACCCAGGAAGAGCUCGAGCAGAAGUGGCGGGACUGGGCGGAGUUGGAAUCGUUCAAGCGACUGGUCCACCAUCUGUUUUUGCAUGAUGCCCAAGCCUCGCUCAUGCUGAAUGUCAAUCCUCUCAUCUCCUAUGCGGAGCUAGAACUCCCUCUUCCUUCCAUCCGGUCCUUGUGGGAGGCGAAGUCAUCGACGGAGUGGAGGGACGUUUACCUGGCCUCCGGGCUGACCGGCCGGGAAAGACUGCCAUCACUGGUUGAUGCCAUGAGGGACAUGUCCCGAGUGCAGACGCAUGUGGACUCGCAACUGGCCGGAUUUGUUGUCGUGCACGGCCUAGCAGCGAUGGUCAGUGAGUAUCAUCGGUUCAGCUUCAUCUCCAAGGGUAGUUCCAAGCACUGGAACGGACUAGUCAUCAGCUCUCGGCAUCAGGAGCUAUCGCAGGCCCUGCAGCACUUUCGCAUGGUCUGUUACGAAUGGCCUGAAUUCCCCGGGCCGGAAGUCUUCCUCGUGCAUGAAGUAGUUUCCAUGUUCUUAUACAUGUCUCUCGAAGAACUUCAGCUUUUCGCUGGCAAGGAGGACAAGCGCGAGGCCCGUCGAGUCUACCACAGCGCCCUCGAGUGGAUUGAGAGCAGCGACUCCCGGCGCGCUGUCUGGCAUGCGGGCCAAGUCGUUCGUGCCGCCAAAGCCAUGCCGCCCGGAUCCCUGACUGGAUUCCUGGCUGUUGGGGUGUACUACGCGAGUUUGGCCUUCUGGUCGUACAGUGUCGUCGCCAAAGCCAAGAGCGCCAAAUCAACCGGGCAAGCCGGUGGCGGCAGCCGGUCGUCGCCGGGCUUGAAUGCGCGGAACAGCCAGUCUCCUCCCAUUACCUACCUCGAUGGUGAAGAGACUACGGAGGUGCAGAAGUUCAUCUCACUGGGAUGCGGCUCGCCGGCUUUGCAGGGGCCAGACGGCCCUGCGUUCGUCUCCGACCCGAGGCAGACGAUGGCCGUGGCGCAGGGGCUUCUGCGGGCGGACGCCUCCCAGGAGUCGCUUCCGCCGCUGGUACAGGGCCUUUGCCAAUUGAUGGGCGAUCUGGGCAAGGCGGCCAAGUCCUCUUCCUCAUAAGUGAAUGAUGAUGUCGGUGUGUUUUGAAUGUAUUGUAUGAUAUGAAGAGUAUGAUACCAGGCCUAGUGCAAAGUCCACUAGCAUUGAUCGAGAAUCCAUGCGGAUCUUGGCAGACCACUUGAUGAUGUGCCUCAUGGUGGUACACACUCGACGUUAAAGCCAUGUAUGUGCAUGAGACAAUAAACUUGGGAUUAGCGGGUCCUCAAGAUGAGAG